AUGACCGCUCUGAAGGUGAUAAAUGGUCAGUCUCGGUUAAUUGGUUCAACUCAUCCAAUAGUUGCAAGAGUUGGUGAUGACAUCAUUUUGCCGUGUCAUCUGGAACCUGCGGUGAAUGUUUUUGCUGACACGUUGGAGUGGAGGAGAUCAGACCUGGACAUAUUUGUCCAUGUGAGGCGUUCAGGUCAAGAAUUUGUAAAGGCAAAAGGCCCAUCAUACAGGGGACGAACGUCACUGUUUAUCGAAGAACUGAAGCGGGGAAACAUUUCACUGAAACUCUCCCAAGUGACACUGUCUGAUAAAGGAACUUAUAAAUGCCACAUUCCAGAUAUGAAGAAACAAUUUUCCGUUGAACUUGUUGUUGAUGCUGCUGCCUCGCCUGUCAUCAGUUUAGCAGGUAUUGACAGAGAGAGAGGAGGAGUGGUGUUACAAUGUGAGUCUAAAGGCUGGUAUCCAAAGCCUGAGGUGUUCUGGCUGGACGGUGAGGGAAACCUCCUCUCUGCUGAACCUACAGAGACAGUCAGAGGUCCUGAUGGUCUCUAUACUGUCAGCAGCAGAGUGACUGUGGAGAAGAGACACAGCAACAACUUCACCUGUAAAGUCCAACAGAGCAACAUCAACCAGAUCAGAGAGACGAACAUCAUUGUUCCAGAUGAUUUCUUUAACGUGCAGUCCAGUUCUUCCUCUGCCAUAAUUGGUUUGGCUGUUAGUUUGGCUUUUUGCAUCAUAUUAAUUGUUGCAGUUUUCUGUUUUGUGUGGAAAUGGAGACAAAACAUGAUCAAGACCAAGAGAAGCUUCUGGGAUGAAACUGAAGGAGGAAACAAUAAGAACCUCUCUAAAAGUGAUACUGAAAUGCAGCCUCUCAAUACAGCAGAAACAGUUGGAGAGACACUCACAGUUGAAAACAAACAGGCUGAAUGUGAUCUACUCAUGAAGAUGCUGCAGCUCCAUGAAGAGAAUCAGAGGACAAUGAUAGACCUGCAGACCCUGAAGGAGAAUCUGGAGACCAAGAUCAAAGAGUUGGAGGGAAAACAAGCUGAUACUGACAGAAAGCUGCAGGAGGAGAAACAGAACAGAGAGAGAGAAGUGAAGGACCUGAAGGAUCAGCUGUACUUAAAGCAUAAACAGGUUGAACACAAACAAGCUGAAUGUGAUCUACUCAUGAAGCUGCUGCAGCUCAAUGAAGAGAAUCAGAGGAGAGAGGAGAGAGACCUGCAGACCCUGAAGGAGAAUCUGGAGACCAAGAACAAAGAGCUGGAAACAAUGAAAACUGGUCUGUUUUCUUCUUGGGUAAGUAUGAAAGCUGAAAAAGAAAAAGAAGUGGAGACACUGAAGAAGGAGCUGCAGACCAAGCAGGAGGAGUUUGAGACCAAAACCAAUGAGAUUAAAGAAAUAAAAGCUCAACUUCAGCAGCUCCGUGAUGAAAAUCAGAGGAAGGAAACUGACCUGCAGAGACAGACGGAGGAGACCAACAACAAGGAGAGGCAAGAUGCAAGCAAACAUAAAGACACCAACCCGGCCAGCAAGGUCUUUGUGGAGAUCGACCCAAAUGGAAAAUAUCUCCGUCUCACCACUAAGUCUAAAGAGGACCUGAAACUGGAAGGCUGGAAGUUACGAGUGACGGUCAACGACCAAAACCCCAUCACGUUCACAUUUAAGGAGUCAAUUACACUCAGAGCUGAGAAGAGUGUCAAUAUAUGGGCCAAUGGUUGGGGUGCCGAUUCUCCUCCCUCUGACCUGAGAUGGAAGGAACUGAGGCGUUGGGCCAAAGGAGACAAACUCCUCAUUGAGCUCAUCAACUGUGAUGAAGAGAUCGUGAAAACCACUGAAGUAUAAUAAUCAGCCCAGCUGACACACAGUGUUUUAGUUUAUCUUAAAGUCACUUUUUUGCUCCUUUUUAACUACAAUAUUCUCCCUAUUUCCCAAUCUUUAUCACCAACC